CUCAAGAAGGAGGAUCAAGUAGAGAGAGCACUUCUGCCUCGCAAAUUGAAAGACUUGCUCAAAGAUUUGAAAGCAUGUUUGAGAGGCAAAAUGAAGCAAUAAGGAAUGUUCAAGAGACGUUGGCAAAUAAUGCAAGAAGGCGGUCAUGUGAUCGUUCUCCACAUGUCCAUGGAGACUCUAGUAAUUCUUCAAGAGAAAAAAGAAGAAAUAGAAAAGAUGAUGAAGAAAGGAGGUAUGAUAGGUGGAGAGAUAAUAGAGAGAGGAGGAAUCAAAGAAGAAGAAGAGAAGAUGUAAGAAUAAGAGAAAAUGAGAGAAUUGGUGGAGUUAAAAUGAAGAUUCCUAGUUUUAAUAGAAGGAAUGAUGUUGAAGCAUACUUAGAGUGGGAAUUGAAGAUAGAGCAAGUAUUCUCAUGCCAUGAUUAUAGUGAAGAAAAGAAAGUAAAGGUGGCUUCCCUAGAGUUACACGACUACGCGUUGGUGUGGUGGGAUCAAAUUCAAAGGGACCGAAGGAGAUAUGAUGAGGAGCCUGUAGAUACGUGGAUUGAAAUGAAGAACCUAAUGCGUAGGAGAUUUGUUCCUACAUACUACAAUAGAAAGCUUCAUACAAAGCUUCAAGGUUUGAGGCAAGGUGGCAAAAGUGUUGAUGACUAUUAUAAAGAAAUGGAAGUUGCCAUGAUAUGAGCUAAUGUAUUUGAAGAAAGAGGAGCAACAAUGGCUCAUUUCUUAAAUGGGUUGAACCAUGACAUCCGUGACAUAGUGGAACUUCAUCCCUAUGUGGAACUUGAAGAUUUGGUUCACCAAGCUAUUAAAGUAGAAGCACAACUAAAGAGAAAGGGUACUUUAAGGAAGAAUAUCUCCUCCUAUAACUCAAAAGGAUGGAAGGAAGGAGUGAAGAAGGAAGGAACAUUAACUAAGGACAUGACUGUCCAAAGUGGUAAACAUUCACCUAAAACUUCUUUUAAUCCUACUAAUGCUUCUGUUUCUUCUACUUCUCGACAUAGGGAAAUUAAAUGCUUCAAGUGCCUUGGAAAGGGUCAUAUUGCAUCACAAUGUCCGAACAAGAAAACCAUGAUUUUGAGAGAGAAUGGUGAGAUCUCAAGUGCUAGUUCAUCUCAAUCAUCACACGCUUCAAGUGAAGAGGAUAGUGAGUUUGAAGCUUUAUGUCACGAGGGAGAUUUGCUUAUGGUAAGGCGUCUCUUGGGUAGUUUAGCUAAGGACAAUGAUACCACACAAAGAGAAAAUAUUUUUCAUUCAAGAUGUUUGGUACUUGGAAAGGUUUGUUCUCUUAUUGUUGAUGGUGGUAGUUGUACCAAUGUGGCUAGUAUUCGACUUAUUGAGAAAUUGAACCUUACUACUACUCCUCACCCCAAGCCUUAUAAGCUACAAUGGUUGAGUGAUGAAGGGGAGUUGGUUGUUAAUAGGCAAGUUUUAAUUACUUUUUCUAUUGGCAAGUAUAAAGAUGAAGUCUUGUGUGAUGUAGUGCCUAUGGAAGCAAAUCAUAUACUCUUAGUAAGACCUUGACAGUUUGACAAGAAAGCUAUUCAUGAUGGUCAUUCCAACAAGUUCACAUUUAUACAUAAAGGGAGCACAAUCACUUUAGUACCCAUGACUCCUAGUCAAGUGUGUGAUGAUCAAAUAGUCAUGAGGUUGAGAAGAGAGCAAGAGAGAAAAGAUGGAAAGAAAAAGAGUGAGCUUGAGGGAAAACUUAAAAAUAAAGGGAAAAAAGUGAGCACACUUCCAAAUGAAAAAUAUGAGAGCGAAAAGAAAAGUGAAGAAAAAAAUCAACAUGAAAUGAGAGAAAAUUUAUUUGUAAAAAAAAAGGAAGUGAGAAAAGCGUUAUUGGCCUCUCGGCCUAUGUAUCUACUUUUUUGUAAAGAAAGUCCUCAUAGUGAUUAUAUUAAUUCUUUUGCUAAUAAUACUUUGCCUAGUGGUGUUUCUUCUCUUUUGCAGGAAUUUAAAGAUGUCUUCCUUAAAGAAGUGCCUCAUGGCCUACCUCCAAUUAGAGGGAUAGAACAUCAAAUUGAUUUGAUUCCAGGGGCAACCUUACCCAAUCGACCUGCAUACAGGAGCAAUCCUCAAGAAACUCAAGAGAUUAAAAAACAAGUAGAAGGAUUGUUAGAGAAAGGA